GGGAGGGAGGGCCCGGAGCUGCGAGGCCGGCUUUGACAGCAGGGAGGCAGGCGGGGAGGGCGGCCGGUGAGGGCACGGGGGAUGGCGGCAGCGGCCGCCCGAGGAGGAGCGGCGGCAUCGGCGGCGUGAGGGGACAGCCCUGCCCUGCCCGCCGAGCCGGGCCCACCAUGGGCAGCGCCGACUCCAAGCUCAACUUCAGGAAGGCGGUGAUCCAGCUCACCACCAAGACCCAGCCUGUGGAGGCAACAGAUGAUGCCUUCUGGGACCAGUUCUGGGCAGACACAGCUACUUCAGUGCAGGAUGUCUUUGCCCUUGUACCAGCUGCAGAGAUCCGGGCAGUGAGAGAAGAAUCACCUUCAAACUUGGCAACUUUAUGUUAUAAGGCUGUGGAGAAGCUGGUGCAGGGAGCAGAGAGUGGCUGCCACACCGAGAAGGAGAGGCAGAUCAUCCUGAACUGCUGCCGGCUCCUCACCCGCAUCCUGCCUUACAUCUUUGAGGACCCAGACUGGAGAGGUUUCUUCUGGUCAACUGUCCCUGGGGCUGGCCGAGGAGGGGGAGAUGAAGAUGAUGAAAAUGCCCGACCCCUGGCUGAAUCACUGCUCCUUGCUGUCACAGACCUGCUCUUCUGCCCUGACUUCACUGUGCAGAGCCACCGGAGGAGCACAGUGGACACAGCAGAAGAUAUCCACUCCAUCGACAGCUGUGAGUACAUCUGGGAGGCAGGAGUGGGCUUUGCUCAUUCUCCACAGCCUAACUACAUCCAUGACUUGAAUAGGACAGAGCUGCUUAAGCUGCUGCUGACCUGUUUCUCUGAGGCCAUGUAUCUGCCUCCCUCCUCGGACAGCAGCAACACCAACCCCUGGGUGCAGUUCUUCUGCUCUACAGAGAACAGACACGCACUCCCACUCUUCACCUCGCUCCUGAACGUCGUCUGUGCCUACGAUCCGGUGGGAUAUGGGAUUCCCUAUAACCAUCUGCUUUUCUCGGACUACCGCGAGCCCCUGGUGGAGGAGGCAGCCCAGGUGCUGAUUGUCACUCUGGACUAUGACAGCUCCACCAGUUCAAGUCCCACUGUGGAUGGCACCACCACUGGCACGGCUAUGGAUGAUGUGGAUCCUCCUGGACCAGACAAUCUGUUUGUGAAUUACCUCUCAAGGAUACACCGAGAGGAGGAUUUCCAGUUCAUCCUCAAAGGAGUGGCCCGCUUGUUAUCAAACCCGCUGGUCCAGACCUACCUGCCAAACUCUGCCAAGAAGAUCCAAUUCCAUCAGGAACUCCUCGUCCUCUUCUGGAAACUCUGUGACUUCAACAAGAAAUUCCUCUUCUUUGUGCUGAAGAGCAGCGAUGUGUUGGACAUCCUUGUCCCAAUCUUGUAUUUUCUCAAUGAUGCCAGAGCAGACCAGUCACGAGUGGGCUUGAUGCACAUUGGGGUCUUCAUCCUCCUGCUUCUCAGUGGGGAGCGUAACUUUGGGGUUCGACUGAACAAGCCCUAUUCUGUACGAGUGCCUAUGGACAUCCCUGUCUUCACAGGGACACAUGCAGAUCUGCUCAUCAUAGUCUUUCACAAGAUCAUCACCAGUGGGCACCAGCGGCUGCAGCCUCUCUUUGAUUGCCUACUCACCAUCGUGGUGAAUGUGUCUCCAUACCUGAAGUCUCUCUCCAUGGUGGCUGCUAACAAGUUACUGCAUCUCCUGGAGGCUUUUUCCACCACCUGGUUCCUGUUCUCUGCUGUCCAGAACCACCACCUUGUUUUCUUCUUGCUGGAAGUCUUCAACAACAUCAUUCAGUACCAGUUUGAUGGAAACUCCAAUUUGGUCUAUGCUGUUAUCCGGAAGCGGAACGUGUUCCACCAGCUGGCCAACCUGCCCACGGACUCACAGGCCAUCCAGAAGGGGCUGCAGCGCAAGAAGAGGACUCCAGAGCCUAUUUCUCGCACCAACUCCCAGGAAGGGGUCUCCAUGGAAGGCUCCCGUCCUGCUGCCCCUGCAGAGCCAGGGACACUGAAGACAAGCUUGGUGGCUACGCCAGGAAUUGACAAGCUGACAGAGAAGUCCCAGGUCUCAGAGGAUGGGACCAUGCGUUCACUGGAGCCUGAGUCUUUGCAGUCAUCCCCAGAGGGUAACCCAUCCUCAGCUGUGAGUGAUGGGGAGCCCUGGAGCGGGGAGGCAUCACACCCCCGACGGGAUCGAAGGCGUCUCUCCAGUGCAUCCUCCAGUGGGCAGUGGACCCCAACUCCUGACUGGGUGAUGUCUUGGAAGUCAAAGCUUCCCCUGCAGACAAUCAUGCGGCUCCUGCAGGUGCUGGUUCCUCAGGUGGAGAAGAUCUGCAUUGACAAGGGUCUCACUGAUGAAUCAGAGAUCCUCAAGUUCCUGCAGCAUGGCACACUGGUGGGGCUGCUGCCUGUGCCUCACCCCAUCCUCAUCCGCAAGUACCAGGCAAACUCGGGCACUGCCAUGUGGUUCCGGACCUACAUGUGGGGAGUUAUUUAUUUGAGGAAUGUGGAUCCCCCUAUCUGGUAUGACACAGAUGUGAAGCUGUUUGAAAUUCAACGGGUCUAAGAGAGCACUUACCUCUAUGAAGAGAAAUACACUGGAUAUAAGGACUGCUGUGUGCUGCUUCAUCACAGCUAUUCCUGCAUUUCACAUCCAGCUGAGAGACCAAAAGGACAAUCACUUCAUUUACCUCCCUGUCAUUUAAAGCUUUAACUGGGACCUGCUUGGACAUCCCUCCCCCCAGCUCACUUCUCUUCCCUAACCCUUCACCAGGAACCUUGAGUGAAAGAUGUCUAAGGGGUUGUGCAUUGUUGUGCUUGCACUAGAAAUCAGGUUGUACUUAGCUCUUCUGUUACUCUUUUGCUCCUGGAUGUGGUUUGGAAACCAGUCUGACUCUGUCCUUGCCUUGGUCAGAGUCAGCAUGUGAUUGAGUAAGACUAGCCGUAAAUCGGGUGCAAGGGAGAAGCUGCUAUUCCUGCAGGAGAUGGGGUUUGGAAACUGCAGUUACUUUCAUGUGGCUCCACAAAGUUUCCAGGGCAUCCCUUCUGGCUGCAGGUGUCUCCCUGGUCUCAGUUGGGUACUGAUAGGGAAGUUAUCCUAUCCCAAUGAAAGGAGAAGUUGCUGAAGGAAAGCUUUGUGUCUCAGCUCUGAAUCUCUCUACUCCUUUGCUGGAAAGCUGCUUAAGACAUUUCAUAGGAGCUGGUGCUUUGAGAUGGCAGGAGAAGUUUUGCCUUGGCUUCCAGGCCCAGCAGCCUGUCCUUUGUGAUGGGCUGCUGCAAUGGAGUGUGUGCCACUUUGGAAAGCUCUGCUUAAUCCAUGUGAGCACAUAGGGAGGAAGGGACUGGCUCAGUGAGAGCAAGAAGAGACAUGACUGUUAAACUCCUUUAGUCUUCUGUUGACUGGAGGGACAGUGCCACCUGGCUUUGAAGGGAACCAUAUCCUUCCAUCUUUGCCUGGCAGGCUGAUGCAAUGCAGGGAGUGGAAGGGUCUUUUGCACACUACUGUUUAAGGCAGGGGUUUGAGGGAAACGCUCAGGGAAGUUGUAGGAGGAAUUUGGAAGUUGUAGGAGGAAAAGCAUCUCCAUGUCAGUAGGGAGUGGAGAGUGCUGAGGCAAAGUUCAGUUCUUCAGGGCGUUUUGCUAGUGACCAAGUUAUCACAUCUUGAAUGUAUUGGGUCCCAGGCACGUGAAAUCUUGGAAGCCAGAAGUGGAAUUAGUGGGAGACCCAUUGUUGCUGGCUUUGGUUCAGCAGCAUGGGAUAGGUGGAGACAUCCUUGGGUUUGAGUUGCAUUUUGUAUUCUGCUGGGAGAGGCUGUUGUGUUGGACCUGCGUGGUCUUUAGACCAUGAAAUGUGAGGGGUCCUGUCAUGAACUGAGACCUUUCUCUCUCCACCAAAGCUUAGUCCUUGGUGCUCUGCUAUUCAGGUUCUUGACAGGAUCCCUGGCCACGAGCUCAAAGAGUAAAGCCAGAGGUGAGAUCACUCCAUGGGAACAGGCCUCACACGUUAAAGGGGGCAGGUAUGGCACACACUUGCAACCCUUGCCUGAGUUUUAAAGCAAGGGUGAUAGCAACGUGAGUGUCCUCUC